AAAACCGCGUGACCGCGCACCGUGGUCGUCGUGAGGAGCGACCUCUUUGAAUAAACCCAUUAACGUAAGAAUAAAGAUGGAGUUGGGCGACAACCUCGGCACCAUGGGCACUAUGAAGUGCAGUUUCUGCGGGGAGGUGUUCAGACUGUCGGAGGAUGAUUCGGAGGGAAACCUCCCUCGUGUGCUUGUAUGUGCUCACAUCUUCUGCACGUCCUGCCUGCUCUCCUUCCACCGGCACGGGGUCAUUAGAUGUCCGGAGUGUGAGGUUGAGUCGACGCUUCCUGAAGGAGGAGUGUUCGCCCUGCCGGAGGACAGCAGAAUCAUUGGCCUAAUCUACACUUCCAAAAUGAACAAGAUGAAGAGGUCUUCCGGAUCGUUCAAUUGCAAAAAGCCCAAAUUAACACCGGCCAAAGACGUCAGCGCCGGCACUGAGGUCACCAAGCAGGUUGAUGUCGAGGAGAUUAAGAUUGAGUCGGUGGAUGAGGCGUUGGCCCGAGCUGCAGAAAAUAUCGCCGUUCUGGACACCAUCCACGAGACGCUGACCGUCGGCCUGAAGCAGCAGGUGAGGACGGAGAGAAGUCGGCUGGAGGCGGAGAUCAAGCAGACUGCAAGCGAAGCCCUGCAGGCCGUUCAGAAGUGGAAGGACGUGCAGCUGAGUCAGCUGAGUCAGCUGGAGGCCCGGUUCUCCUCCAGCCAGGAGGAGGUGGACCGUGUGCACAAGAGAAGAGUGGCGCUGGAGAUCGCCAUGCAGAUGGCCAGAGAAGUACACCGCGUCCCCUUCCUGGAGCAGUACUGCACCCUGGACAAGGUUGUGGAGACGUUGGAGGCUCCUGUGGAUGAACAGUCGUACGACAUGGAAAGCACGAGCAGGGGCUGCGGGCUGAGCUUUGUUUUCCUGUCCGAGAACCUGAACCAGAGUCUGGUGUUGUCUCUGAAAAUGGAGGUUGCCGCCCCAAAGCAGCUUUUCAAGUCUCCUCCCCACAGCCGCCAGCAGAGCAGCUCUGGCAAAAAGCCCCCCCGGCCAAGUCCAAAGGUCACGCACCCUAACGGCGCGUGGCCCCAGCCGGAGAGCCCGAGGGCCCCCGGCUCCUGCUCCCCGAGCCCGGCGCCUCGGCCUCGCUCGGCCUCGGAACCCGAAGUUCCCGAGGAGCUUUUGGCCGACGGGCAGGAGAAAGCCGCCCCGCCCACCGGCCCCCAGCUGGCCAACGACUGGAGAAUCCACAGGAGGAAGAAACAUCUCCUGCUUGGCAAUAAGAGAAAUGUCGCCCAGUGGGUGGUGUUGAGCCACGUGGUGAAUCCGAGUCAUUUCUACGUCAGCUACGUGGCCGAGAAGAGGGAGCGGGAGAUCCUGGAGAAGAAGAUCGACCUCUUCUGCUGCGCAGACGGCUGCCUCUUCAGUUCCAGCGACGUGGUGGAGACCGGCGCCACGGUCUUUGCCAGGGAGGGGAGGGGCCUCUGGUCCCGGGCCCGCGUGCUGGAGGUCUUUCAGAGCGGAUGUGUGGAGGCCGUGGACGUCUGCCCGGCCGGCCGGCUGGACAGACUGCGGCUCUUCUUCCUGGACUCCGGUCUCGGGAAAAGCCUCGACAUUCACCGAGAGGAGGAGACGGCCGCCUCCUCGUUGAAGGCCGUGAACGACCACCUGAGGAAGGUGGAGGAGGGCGUGAAGGUGGAGCUGCGUUGCUUUGCUCCUCAGGCCAUCAGAUGUUCACUCAAGGACCUGGUCCCCUACGACCCGACAAAGGGCUGGAGCAGAGAGGCCCAGCUGGAGUUCCUCAGCGUGGUGGGCUCGGCGGCGGUGAAGAUGCGGCCCAUGGGUCAGGACCGGGACUCGCUGCUGGUGGACCUGAGGAAGGCGCCCGUGGACCAGAGCAGCGACGUGCCCAUCUCCAUCAGGGAGUACCUGGUCUUCAUCGAAGUGGCCAGGUUUUACUCUCCGGUGAACCUGGGCAGGUGGCCGCUGCUGUUCCACCCUCCUAAAUACCCCGAGGUCAACACUGAGCUCGACGCCGUGGUGUCCCACAUCAACAGCCCGGCCGACUUCUACGUCCAGCUGGUUGACAACAUGGAGUUUGUGUUGCUCUCAACAAAGCUUCAGGAUUAUUACAAUGCGACCACAGUGAGUGCAGAAAAAGAACUCACCAUCUACUGCCCGGUGAUGGAGCAGGCCUGCGUGGCCCGCUACGAGGACGGGACGUGGUACAGAGCUCGGGUCGUAGGUCAUCCAGGGGGCAGAAAGGUGGAGGUGCAUUACGUCGACUUCGGCAAUAAGAAGACUUUACCGGUCAGCGACUUGAGGAAGAUCAAGGACGAGUUCUUCGCGCUUCCUUCCACGGCCAUCCACUGCUGUCUGUCCGGUGUGAGUCCUCUGGAUGCAGAGACCUGGAGCGACGCCUGCAGGAACAGGUUCAUCCGCUUGGCUCUCCAGAAACUCCUGACUGUCGUGGCUACAGGAAACGUCCCAAAGGCCGAGCCGCUGCCGGUCAAACUGUUGGUGAGCGGCCCGAACGGCCCGCCGGGCGACAUCGCCGAGCUGCUGGUCAGAGAGGAGCUGGCCUCCUUCAAAGAGGGAAUCGAGUCAGCGGCGGCUGGCGAGGAGUUUGCCAUAUGGGACCCUCCCCUUGACCAGGCGUGGGUCCCGGAGGGCGGCGACGCCGCAGACCGGAGCUCCUCCGGGGAGAAGGAGGAGUUCCGGCUGAGGCUCCCCGAUCAACUCAAAGACGUGAAAGUGCGAGUGAGCCACGUGAACUCGCCGGGCAGCUUCUACGUCCAGUUCACCCAGAACAACGCUCAGCUCAGGAGGCUGUGCCAGCUGGUGGAGGAGGAGUGUGCUCUGAUGGAGCCGGAGGAGGUGCUGUGGAAGGCCGGCAUGUUCUGCGGCGCUCUCGUGGACGGGGUGUGGGAGAGGGGUCGCGUCUGCUCCGACGCCGCUUCCGCCAACUUCAUCCAGGUGAUGCGCUGUGACCAUGGCAACAAAGUGAAGCUCCCCGUCGGCAACCUGCGGUCCCUCCCGUCCUCCUUGACGGGCUCUCUGGCGUUGGAGUGCGCGCUCACUGACAUCAGGCCGGCGGGGGGGUGCUCCACCUGGACGGCGACGGCCUGCGAGCUGAUCUCCUUCUACCUCACCGGGGCCUCGGCGGUCCUGACCAUCAAGGAGGUGACUGGUGAGCCGGUACCAGUCACCCUGUUCUGCUCCAACAAGACGGGCGUGUUGGUCAACGUCGCCGACUUCCUGGCCGGCGAGGGCCUCGCCUUGAAGGAGAGGAAGCCCAGAGGUGCAGCCGUUCAAACAUCCACGCAAACCGACGCCCGGCCUCUGGGGAUUGAGACCCAGACGGACGGUUCUGACGGCGAGAAAAGAAAAGAACAAACUCCCUCAGCUCCGCCUGUCUCUGCCGCCGCCUCCGUGCCCCCCCGCGUCUCCGCCCCAAAACCAGCCCCCCGCACCAUCAUGUCUGCCGAGAAGGUGAAGACUGAGUUGUACCGCCCCCCCGAGCUGCCGGGCCUCGGCCCAAUCCAGAUGAGUGUUUCUGCCAUCGGAGAGGACGGUGUCAUCUACGGCAGAACGGGGACCGCAGAACGUCUGCUGGAGCAGCUCAGGCAGCGGAUCCAGCAGCGCUUGGACUCGCUGCCCGAGCAGAAGCCCUACACCUGGAAGUCGGUGCAGGGCUGCGCCGUCAUCGGACCCGACAUGCUGUGGUACCGAGGACAGCUGCUGGAGGUGCUGGGAGGACACGUGAAGGUGCAGUACGUGGACUCCGGCCUGGUGGAGAACAUCCCGGUGGUCCACGUUCACCCCAUGCUGCUGUGUGCCGACGUCCCUCAGCUCUGUCUGCCCUGCCAGCUGCACGGCGUCGCGCCCGUCGGGGGGAGGUGGCAGCGGGACGCGGUGGCCUUGCUGAGGGAGCUGCUGCUGAACCGCUGUGUCAACCUUCAAGUCACGGAGCUGCCCUCUGACCCGAGAGACCCCUUCACCGUGGAGCUCUACCUGGACGGGCUGAGCCUCAGCAGGAUCCUGUGUCACCACCAACACGCCUCCGAGUGCGCCGCCUCGCCACAGGAGGGACGCGCUGACGCGUCUCCCGUCCUCCUCGUGGACGAUUGGGACAUCGACAGCAAGGACCUGAGGGACCCAGAGGAGCCGAUGCUGGGGCCCUUCGUGUACCCCGACCUGCCUCGGGGUGGGGGGCGAUUUGGAGUCCGGGUCAAGCACCUUCGGACCCCCAACGAGCUCUUCCUGUGGCUGUCGGAUGGAGCAGCCGAGGUGGAGGUGGGCGGAGAGACUCUGGAGGGGGCGCUGACCCGAGUCAACGCGGACGUCGGCGCCCUGCAGCCGCUCACCAGCUUCCGUCAGGGCGGUCCGUGUCUGGCGGAAUACAGAGACGGGAAGUUCUACCGAGCCAAGAUGCUGAAGUUCAGCAGCGUGUCGCCCGUCUGCGUCCUGGUCCAACACGUGGACUUCGGCUCGGAGGACACGCUGCCCACCAGCAGGCUGCGGCGGAUGCCCGGCGACCUGCUGCGGUUCCCGCUGCAGGCGCUGAAGGUCAAGGUGGCCGGCUUCAAGUCGCCGCGCGCGAGCGGGCGGGAGGACUUGCUGCCCUACAGCCCCGGCUGGAGCGUGGAGGCGGCCUUGAAGAUGAUCGACAUGCUGCACGAGAGCAUCACCGCCACCAUCGUGGCUCUGGAGCCCGAGCUCACGAUGCUCCUGUACGACGAGGACCAGCAGCUGGUCCACCUCCCUCUGGUGAGCUGCGGGCUCGCCGACCUCGACUGACCUCCCGUUGCGAGCUGCUUUAACUUCACUCAUUGGCUCUUCAGUUCCUCCACGUUUCAGGGAACCAGACUUUAAUUUACCGUUUUGGCUCGUUGUGUUGUUUAUUAUGUUUAUAAGGCAGAUUGAGUACAACCUCCCUGCUGUUUCCUUUGUACUUAAUAAAAAGACAUGAACAGUGA